CCUGCAUGUGGCAGGGGGGUUGGAGAUUCAUGAUCCUUGAGGUCCCUUCCAACCCUGGCCAUUCUGUGAUUUUGGUAUGGUUCACCUGGCCCAGCUGGUGACAUCACACAUGGUGACGUCAUACAUGGUGACAUCAUGCCACGUGCCUGGAUGAGUGCUUGUCACAUGAGCAGGGCAAGGGUUUCUGUGGCUGAUGCUAAAUAUAGUAUAGGCUGCGAUUUUUUGUGUCGUGUUCCUGUUAUAAGAAAAAAAAAUAGUGUGAAAUGGCACCUUCUGGGAGCUGCUGAAGUCACAGGAAUUGCAAUUUGUGAGGCAAGGUUCUAGGGUGGGUUAUGAAUCUCUUUUUUUUCCUUUUUUCUGGCUGAAUGUGAGCCAGAAGUGUGCCCAGCCAAGAAAGCCAAGGACAUCCUGGUUGUAUCAGCAGAAGUGCACCCAGCAGCAGCAGGAGGUGAUCAUCCCUCUGUACUCAGCCCUGGUGAGGCCACACAUCAAAUGCUCUGUUCACUUUGGGCCGCUCACUACAAGAGAGACACAGGACCUGAAGCAAGUCCAGACAAUGAGCUGCAGAGGUUCUGUGAAAGGUUGUUGUGUGCUGAUGAAACACGAACUGACUGAGAGGUAGACAAGGUGCAUGGGGUGAGCAUGGCACAAAUCACCACAUUGUGAGAAACUGCCUUUUCCCCACACAGGCAGGCACAGAGCACCAUCCCUGCUUUUCAACUCUAAGCACUAUUUACUUCUUUCUACAAGACUGGAUGAGAAGCUGAAACAAAUAGAUUUACAAACUUCCUCAGUAAUGCAGAAAUGCAAUUGAGCAAAACAUGGCCUGGGUAGCCUGAUCUGUGCUUUUGGUUUGUGAUUGGAGCAGCACAGUUGUCUAGCUGUGUAUGGAAAGUAGUGCAGUAAUAGGGCUGAACCCUGUGUUUGAAGCAAUAGCAAUAUUGUUGCUUCUGCAAAACAAGAGUUCUUUUUCCCCUUUGUCCUAGAGUUGCAAAUCACUUUUUCUUAAUCUCAGGAACUUUCUUCAUGUGGUUGACCAGUGGAUUUCAAACUCUAAAUCCCUCUUCCAUCUAGUAAACAGCAGCAUCUGGAAUGGACUCUUCUUAUUGCAGUUAACUUGUAGGGGCAACACUUAAGGGUAGAUGGAAAAUUAUUUCCGUUGCAUCUGUUCUCUUGACUACUCAAGGAAUAUAUUUAUUCCUAUCAUCCCAAGUUUUCCAUCUUUCUUUGCUCUUUCCUCUUUGCAGCUCAACAGCGUGAUCUGUGAAGCUCAUGCAAGGUGUGUGCAAGCAGCUUAGUGGCUUGGCUGCUGGGUGGAGCUGGUCAGUGUUGCUGCUCCCAUGUAAGCUUGGGGCUGGAUUAGCAGUGUCACUGGUGCUCAGGCAAGAGUUCAGGGUUUAGUGGAGACAGCAGCCUUUAGCACCACAUAUCCAGCACAGCUGCCAUGCUGACAUGAGAGUACUUUGCAGCCCCUUUGUGUAGAUCAGGGUUGCAUCCAGACCCCCCAAAACUCACCCGGUUUUGUGAGCAUACUCAAAACCCUGAAAUUGUGAAACUGAGUGAACAACUUGGAUUUUGAUUUCUCUAAUAGUCCAAAUACCUUCUGCAGGUUCUCCACUCCCUAGGUCAGGGUUUGGUAACCUCUGACAAAUGAGACAAACCAGUUUUAAACAGCAUCUUGCAAGACACUUGUGUACAAGGGAGUAUUGCUGCUUCUUACCCACCAAUAGCCUGGAAACAAGUGGAACCCUGUGGCAGUGCUCAUGCUGUUCAUCAGCUCAGGGAAACAACUUUUCUCUCUGUUGUAAUACGGGCUGCUCCCCCAACAGCAGUGAGAUGUGCAGCCCUCCACACAGCCUGGGGCUUUCACCCAGGAGCUAAGUGCACGCCUUGCCUAGGAACGUAUUGCAGUGUAGUCCAUUUGUUUUCAUGAGUAGCCUUAGGUAUUAAAAGAGAUCACACAUCACAUGCUCCUGCCAUUGCUUUAUUUUCAUUGGACAUUUAGGUUUGAGAUCUGUGUCAAACAGAGAGAUAAAAUGCAGUGAGAGAGGCCAGAAACAGAAGCAGAUUGGGAACAGCUAAGUGUUGGCUUGCUUCAGAAGAGACCUCCAAACCUGUCCUGUGCAGCUGCUUUCUUGUGCUUUGAGCUCUUGGUUUUAGCAGAAGUUAUGAAGAUAAAGGGAGAUGAGAGAUCUUUCUCUUUAAUGUUCAGAGGCUGCAGUUUCCUGCAGGUUUAUGAAGCUGGAGUGGUAAAAGCUUUGCAGGACUUGUCACCUGAGAUAUUGAAAUCUGCAUCCAAGAUCUACGGGAUAUCUUCAGGAUCGAUUGUGGCUGCAUUUGCAGCAUGUGAGUGUGAUAUAGAUGAGAUGCAGCAGUACUUCUACAAUGCUGGGAAACUCUUUUUCAGCACGCUCCUUACAGCUCGGGGAAAAGUCCUGCUUGCUGUAAAGGAUGCCUUAAAUAAAUUUCUGCCUGCCAAUGCCCACCAGCUGGCAUCUGGGAAGCUGCACAUCAUCCUCACCCGCCUGCGUGAUUGGAAUUGCGUGACGGUUUCAGAGUUUGCUUCAAAGGAGGACAUCAUUCAGGCCGUGAUAUGCAGUUGCUUCAUCCCUCUGUGCUUUGGCUUUAUCCCUCCUCUGUACCAUGGGGUGUGUUAUAUUGAUGGGGAAUUCAGCAUGUGGAAGACCAACUUCGUGUCCCAGACCACCAUCACCGUGUCUGCUUUAGCUGGAGAAUUUGACAUCUGUCCCAGAGAUUGCCCAGUUCCAUUCUUCAUUUUCCAAAUAGUUGAUUGGAUUUUACGUAUAUCAGAACAAAACUUGUAUCGCAUGCAGUGUCUUUUCCGGUGUCCUUCAGCAAAAGUUUGUGAACAGCUUUAUCACGAUGGCUACCAGGAUGCAGUCUCCUUCUUACACAGGUUGAAUGCAUUUGGUAUAAAAUACCUUCCUGAGGACUUUAAGCUUUCGUUGCACAAGGAAUCGUGUCAGAAAGGUGAAGGGACCCUGCACAGGAAGCCAGGAACAGGAGUACCUUGCUCCAGAGCAACAGACUCUCAGGACAUCGCCAAGGAGAACACAGCAAGCGUUUGUUCAGCAGAUGAACUGGAGGAAUAAGAUAUGCUCCAUCUCCUGCAACCCUCAGAAAGACAAACGCUGGCAGCUUGUAUGGCUGCAGGAGGACCUUCGACAGCGGAUCCUGCAGUCUAAACAUCUGCUGCUUCUUCCACCGAGCCAGGUCUGCUCUCAGGAGGACAACAGAAGAGUAAAUAAAGACCCGUCAUUAGAAAUAACCCAAUAAAUGCAACAAUUCCUCCUGUCCAGC